CAUAAGGUAAAAAUAUUGAACGCAAAAAUGACGCCUGUUAUAAUCGAUGAAUUAAAAUUGAUUGCGGAUUUCUUGCAUGGAGCACCGGAAGUCGAUUUGGAGAUAUUCCGUAGAGCAAAAAUCACAACAAUCGAGUUGUUGACGUUUAACGUAAAAGAACUUAUUUCUGCUGUUAAAGAAUUAUACCCAGAAAUUGACGCUAAUCAGUUGUGGUCCAGAAUAAUCAGCUGGCGAAAUCGAAACAAUUUAGGUAACGUUAUAUUAUCAAAGAAGGUCAGUGCUGGAAACUGCAAUCAAGCAAUUUCUUUACAGAACAUUGGAACUGAAGAGCAUCCUGAUACAGCUGAGAAUGGUGCUGGUUUAAACGAGGCAGUCGUUUUGAAUACCGAAAACCUUUAGAUCUGAAACUGACAACUGCAUUAUAUUACGACUCCAAUUGUGAAAUUGUUGAUAACAAACCAAACUGCAGCCAAACUAAAAAUAGCAAUAAAAAUAUUCUCGAUAAAGAUGACGAGAAUGAUGACAUGACAAUUACAUAUGAGACGCAGUCAGAACAUAACCCGGAAGACGAAGAUUCCGUUGUCAUCGAAAUUCCGGUCACUAAUGCAAAGAGCGGACCACUUCUACCUGGUUUAUCUCCAGAUCGUCUCAAAGAACUUUUGGAGCAAACAGUAUUCGGAAAACAAUUAUUGGAAUCUGCUGGAACGCAUCCCCUAUCAAAUUGUGGGAGGAAGUUAGUUGUGGAUACUGUUGCAAAGUACCACUUGAAUCAAAACCGUAAAACUUCGGCUGAAGUUGUAGACGACUUGAGUGAAGUUAUUUUUGGACUGUUUCGAAAGGAGAGAAAGGAUACAUAUUACAUACCGAAAGCCAAAAGCCGUUGUAAUCCCGCUGGUAAAUUGUACAGUCGUAUUAAUUACAUCAAACAAUCCGAACGUAAGCGAGAUUUGGAAGAGCAGCAGCACGUUUCAAGGAAGAAUGGUGAUAUUCGUAAUGUAGAGCAUCCAUCUGAAGUAACACUUGCGUUAGAAUGGUUGGAUAUCAAUAAGUUUCCUUGGACGACUGUAUUGACCCAGUGGGAAAUUAGCUUUUCUGCAAGAAAGGUUGAUUUACGCCAGUAUUCCAAGUUUAUUCAGAUUAUAAAAAACUAUCCUCAUCUUGGUGAAGAAUUUGGAUAUCAAUUGUUGGAUAUUGAUUACAGGAAACUAGAACUGGGAAAUCCGACAGAUCCAUCUAAGAAGUGGAACUCUAUGUUCGAAUCUGUGGCGAUAUAUGUUAACAAAAACGCAAAAGAUUGCACGGCUAAGAGUUUAAGUCAAGCUCUACAGAAUAGUGAACUAUCGCAAGUUUUUCAUAGACUAUCGACUGCUUCUACUUCUAGCCUUAAAUACGGUUCUGAUACCGGUGAAGGCCUCAAAGGAUUUCAAGCCAACUGUAGCAACGUCUCAAGCAGAAACGUUUUUAUUAGCAGGAAACAAAGAAAACGCAUUCAUUGCAUUGAGCAGGACGUUGAAGAUUUAUGAGGAGUAUAAUUUUCCGAUUCCACCGAAGAUUCUUAUCAUUGGAAACAGUUUGGAUACAGCAGUAAACGAGUGCAUGGUGGUGUAUGAAGAUAUAAUAUACACCCUCCCAACAAUUGUACGGGGUAUCGACGUUUUGUUAAAGCUACAUAUAGUACUUGGACUACUUGUCGCUAAAAUCUCCAAAUUGGUUUGGAUAUUUAUCGAGCAAUUCGUAUACGGAGUACCAUCUGAGCACGGAGGCUAUUUGGCCAUUAACAACCUGAUACAGUUUCUGAAUAGUCAGACAUAAUGAUAUCUUGUUGCAUUACAAAGUGCAGCUGCAUAUUCAAGACAGCA